UUAUAUUUUCCUUUUUGUACUUCUGACCUAUAUAUAUAACCACAGGCUAGAUAACUUCCUUGCAAAUAAUAAACACAGCACUCUGUUUGUAAGAAAAUGAAAAUGAAAUUCUUCUUCCCUUCCAUCACUUUAUUCUUGUUUCUUUCGGUUACUAACACCAUCAAUGCAAGAAAAGAUGUGGGAGAGUACUGGCCUAGAGGUUUAAUGAAGGACCAGUCAUUGCCAGAAGCUACUGCAAGCUCAAAAACCAAUUGUCACACGACUAACAAUUCUGAGCUAAAGAAAGUGAAGAGUUUUGUUAAAGAUUUUAAGCAACCUGACAUAUCGAUUUAUCAUAAUGAUGCUAUCCUCGAAGAAAAAAAAUUGAAGAGUUUUGUUAAAGAUUUUAAGGAACCUGACGUAUCGAUUUAUCAUAAUGAUGUUAUCCUCGAAGAAAAAAAAUUAAAGAGUUUCGUUAAAGAUUUUAAGGAACCUGAUAUAUCGAUUUAUCAUAAUGAUGCUAUUCUCGAAGAAAAAAAAUCUUUCCUUAAGGACUUCGAACCGAGGCCUAAUAUUUCAGUUUAUGAUGAUGAUGUUAGUCUCAAAGAAAAGAAACCAUUUGCUGAUGAUUUCGAACCAAGACCAAAUGUUUCGGUUUAUAAUAUUUCAAGCAAUGCUAAUGGGAGAGAACUUAGAGGUGAACAUUGGAGUGGAGUCAUGAAAGAUGAGCCCAUGCCAUUGCCAGAAGCCAUGCAAGGACUUACUCGAGCUGCUCCAGCCUUAUCUACCUCCAACCAGAAAUUAAUCGAUUGUGAUGCACCUAAGAAAUCUGAGCAAAUGCCUCAUGUUGACUUCAAACAGGAGAAGCUAUUGGAUAAGAAAUCCUCUUCUACGGAUUUCAAGCCAACGCCAGACGUUACAAUUUAUCACAAUGAUGCUACUCUCGGAACAAAGAAGUUUUCGUCUUCAAAGUCGUUUUUAAAGGAUUCUGAUGCGACAAUUUACCACAAUGAUGUUGGUUUCAAAAUAGAGAAUCCAUUAUCUAUGGAGUUUGAGCCGAUACCGGAUGUUACAAUUGUUCAUAAUGAUGUUGGCCUCAAAGCAAACAAUCCAUUGGAUGUCAGACCCUUCACUAAGGAGUUUGAGCCUAUACCGGAUGUUACAAUUGUUCAUAAUGAUGUCGGCCUCAAAGCAAGCAAUUCACUGGAUGUACGACCCUUCAUUAAGGAGUUUGAACCGAUACCGGAUGCAACAAUUAUUCAUAACGAUAUUGGACUCAAAGCAGACAAUCCAUCAAACAUCAGACCCUUUAUUAAAGAGUUUGAACCGAUACCGGAUGCAACAAUUUUUGAUAAUGAUGUUGGCCUCAAACCAAACUAUCCAUUGAAUGUGAGACCUUUUACUAAAGAGUCUGAGCCAAUACCAGAUGCAACAAUUAUUCAUAACGAUGUUGGCCUUAAAGCCUACGAACGAGAAAAGAUGUGGGAGAGUACUGGCCCUAGAGAUGUAAUGAAAGAUCAGCCAUUGCCGGAAACCACUGCAUGCUCAAGAACCAAUUGUCACCCGACUGAAGAUUUUGAGUUAAAGAAUUCUGUUAAGUAUUUUAAAAAAACUGAUGGACGGAUUUAUCAUGACAAUAUAAAAUCAGGUAAAAAUAAAUUAUUCUUUGAAGAUUUUGAGCCAAAACCUAAUAUAUCAGUUUACGAUAAUAAUACCACUCUUAAAGAAGAAAAAACUUUCACGAAGGAUUAUGAACCGAGACCUCAUAUCUCAGUUUAUGAUAACGAUGUUGGUCUUAAAGAAGAGAAACCAUUCGCUGAUGAUUUUGAACCAAGACCAGAUAUUUUAAUUUAUAGCGAUUAAAAGAAGCAUAUUUUUUUAAUUCAUGCAAAUUGUUGGAUGACUGUCUAAUUGUAUUUUAUAUUUUAUGAAUGAAGCGUGAGAAUAAAGUUUUAUUUUGAAAACCAUUAGUAUGAUAAAUAGAUGACAACUAGUUUUAUAUAGAUGUAGUGUAUCUUCUUGAUAAGAUAAGCUCUAUUACUAAUAAGCAAAUAUAUGUUUACAACAACCUCAUUAUUUAGAUAAUGUUUAUCAUCUCUGCAAGUUGUACUGGUCUAGCAAGAACAUACAACUUGCUUUCAGAUUCAAAAAAGAUGUUUUGGACA